UAGUUUCGUAUUAAACGCAUGUUACUUUGAAUUUGGAAUCAUUUGUUGUAAAUUGAAUUGAUGCUAUAUAAUAUAUAUAGCAACAAUUGUUUUGAUUUGAUUGUUAGAUUUUUAUCAAUCAAAGGAUUUUAAAAACAUUACAACGGUUUACUCGUUAAAUGGUGCUAGCUAUGACCAAAGGCAAACAGGUCGAGCCAAUAGUAACGAUUCCGCAAGGUGAAUUAAAAGGUGGUGUCGCAAUAACUGAAAAUGGUGUACAAUAUAAUGAAUUUAUUGACAUUCCCUAUGCAAAACCACCAGUGGGUGAACUGAGAUUUAGGGAUCCUGAACCAGCACUACCAUGGGAAGGACUUCGAGACGCCACUAAAUUUAAUCCAGAUCACAUCUCCAUUCAGUAUCACUAUAAAGGCUACAUUAUAGGAUCUGAGGACUGUCUUUACUUAAAUGUGUACACACCAAAGUUACCUACAAAUAACACAAAAUUAUUACCUGUAAUUUUCUAUAUUCAUGGUGGGGGAUUCAAUGAAGGCUGUGGAAUCGAUAAAUAUGACCUAGGUCCAGAUUAUUUAUUAGAAAAGAAUGUCGUCAUAGUUUCAACCAAUUACAGACUUGGUUUCUUUGGUUUUCUGUCGCUAGACAUUCCUGAAGCUGCCGGUAAUAUGGGAAUAAAAGAUCAAAUAAUGGCAUUGAAAUGGGUUAGUAAUAAUAUAGAAUAUUUUGGAGGUGACAAAAAUAAUGUCACUCUUCUCGGUUUGAGUGCGGGUGCAGUUUUCGUUGAUUAUAUUCGACUGGCACCGUCUGCAAAAAACCUUUUCCAUAAAGCUAUUCUCCAAUCUGGAAACAGUCUUAAUCAUUGGGGCAAAGAUACAGGAACUAAGAAUCUAUUAACCAGUAUUCUGGAUGCAUUAGGGUACAAUGGUUUCCUUGAUGAUAGUUUAGCUAUCUAUAAAUUUCUUAAAAACGCAUCAGCUCCAUCUCUUGUCAAAACCUGUAAGAAGUUCUACAAAAACCUGGUUCCAGAAAGACUAUAUUUUGGGUUUGUUCCAACAGUGGAAAAAGAUUUUGACGAUGUUAAUGCAGUAAUUGUUGAACGUCCUUAUAAAUUGUUUGUCGAAGGUAAAUAUCAUAAAGUACCCGUCAUACAAGGUUUUUGUGAUAAAGAAGGCUAUCUGACCCUUUUUUCAAGACCAGGUACUGUGAAUUCGAUAACGGAAGAUAAGACUUUUUUUAAACAUUGGCCUUACAAAUUAGAGGAAAAUGACACAAAAAGAUACAGUAUUGCUUUGGCAAAAGCAUAUAUGGAAAAUCAAGACCUUGGCGAUGAUAGUGACAAAAUAGGCAUUGAGUUUUUCAAUGAUUUUGACGUAAUAGCUGGAAUGUGGAUACAAUCUCAAAUCACUGCAUCACAUGGAACUCCUGUGUAUUUGUAUGAAUUUUCUUACGAUGGCAACUUCAACUACGUAAAGAAUAAGUUUAAUAUAAAAAGAAUAGGAGCAGCUCAUGCAGAUGAAAUGGGCUACUUGUUUAAAAAUGAGUACAUAAAAGUUGGAGUAUCACAGGACUUUAAAAUAAGGAAUAUUAUUACUACUCUGUGGACGAAUUUUGCUAGCAAUGGUGAUCCCAAUGGACUAAAUGUGUCCCUGUGGCCCCGUUUCUCUCCAGAGCGUCCUGCUUACCUCAACAUAGACAAGCAAAUGGCCAUUAAAUUUAACUAUCAUCCUAAUAGAAUCGAAAUUUUUAAGGAAAUUUACGAUAAGUAUGAAAAGUAGAAACAUUACUUUUAAUAUUUUGUCUGUUAGUAUAUUGUUAAAUGUAUAUAAAUAAAUACAUCUGAAAUAUAUUUCAUCAUAUAAUAUAUCAUUUACUUACUUAAUUUUAAAUUUAGAUAAAAAUUCUACGACCCAUUUUUUUUCAAUUUCACUAGGUCUCUUUCGAUUAUUGUUUAGUUUUCUUUAUAGUUUAAGUUUAGUUUGCAUAUAUAGUCGGAAAUGUAAUUUGAGAUCAAAAAUGUAUACAAAGAAAUGGCAUUGUCAAAAUGACAAUUCAGAGAUUAUCAACAUUUUUCUAGGUAGUUUAAUAAUAAACCUAUUCUGAUUAAUAGUACAUAAAACAUAAAUAUAUAUAUUUAUGUUUUAUAUAUAAAUUAUUAACAAUUUUUUUAUUUAAUAAUGGUUACCAAACAUAAAAUAAAUAAUUUCCAUAUUAAUAUUCGCUUUCUGAUUCUGUCUGAAGAGCUUGAUGUCGACGAAUCGGAAUUGGUUACUUUUAUAAUAAACAUUAUUUUCCGCCGCCAACUUGUCCCCACCAAAAGUUUGAUAAUUAAAUUUUUCUCUUUUUACGAUUUCUAGUAACUGAGCUUUUAUCAUAUAUUCUUCAUAAUUUGGAUAUGAGUUAUUCAAUAAUUUGCGCUUUCCAUCGGGCAGUUGUGGGGUUCGAUUCUAACCUUCGGGAGUGGUAAGAGACAUUAAAACAAAUAUCAAACCACAUUUUCGAUUUUGUGUGACUUGUAAAAGUAUUUACAAUUAUUAACUGUAAUCAUAAAAUCUUCAUAUUGUACAAAAAAAGAAAUUCACUUUCGACUUUUUUGCAAAUAUAAGAUACACAAUAUACCGCUACAUAAACAUGUAGAUAGUAGAGGUAUAUCUUAUUAAUACACACCUUCAUCGACUCAUGUUUAUUAUAUAAACAUAUAAAAUAUAGUUUAAUAUAUAAACGAAUAGCAAGAACAGCACAUUCAAUCAUGACGAAUGUCAAACCGAAUGAACAAGGCAAUAUAUGGCGACCAGUCAUACCUGCCACUACGGCCAAGAUUUAUUGUAACAUUAUUUACGAUUUUCUUGUGUAGACGACCCAAAUGUUUAGAGCUUCUAUCAUAUUGCCAGUGCCAAAGCACAAGUUCGCACAAUAAAUUUACAUUUUAAUUUUUGGAUGUAUUUUAUGCUAUAUUAGAAAGAGAAAGCGUUGUGCAAUACUUAAUUAUGUGUAAAUUGACUACACUUAUAAUUUUAAAAUUAUAUUUUAGUUAUUUCAACACGCACAAUGAAAAAGGUUAUUAUUUCUUGAUGGCAACACCAUUGUUUGCAUUUUUGAUCUCGAAUUAUAUUUCCGACUGUAGAUAUAUUAUAUAGUUUCAGCUUACAUAGUAUGUUGAAAUUACUUUUUUGUCAAAGGACCACUAAAGUUUAUUAUUAUUAUUACAUACACCAAGUCACUACACACAAACAAUACACACACACACACACAGACACACGUUAUCAUCACUCACACUAACGCCAAUUACUUCCUUUAUCUAAUUAAGCUUCUCUAUAAUAUAUUUAUUUUUAUUUACCUUUUCCAUCAUUAUAACCAUGGCUUUAGGGGCCCGGUGACUUGUAGCACAGGUAUUCAUUACCUAUUUCAAGUACUGGUCCCUCACAAUUCAAACCAUGUUUACAUAUCGAUAUUAAUAAACUGUGUAUACUAUGUGAUUGUGAGAGAAAAUAAAUUUUCGUAUUCAUAUGUACAUUUAUUCGAUGCUUUGUAAAGUCGACAUCACUCUUGUGAUUCUUCUGGUGUUACAACAGAGUAUGGGCUGCGGCAUUCACAUAGGUGACUCUCAACACUUACCCCCGGUUUGAUCCUCGGCCCCGUACCAACAUGUUUUCGAUUUUCAAAUAUGCUGACAUAUUGUAUUUUUAUAUUUUUAUUUGUAUGAAUUUGACAGAUAAGUGCGUUCUCUGCAUUAUUGAUGUGGAAAUUAAUUAUUGAAGGAUAACAUAAAAUCGGAUCAGAGUCCGAUCCGUAUACGUGAAAACACGGUCCGAAGUUGUCGUAGAGCUAUUUCUACGGUUGACGGAAAGAAAUUUGAUGAUGGAAGCCGGACUUAGUGUGUAAGCUACUAUAGAAAUAGUUCUACGACUACUUCGGAUUUUCACGGUUACGGAUCAGAUGAGGAUCCGACGUAGUGCGAAAGCGCUCUAAACAAUCUUAAACUAGAGAACUUGAAAUUGAUAACAGCCGAAGCAAGUUAAUCUUUUUGGCGCUUAUUAAAACCGUGAUUUACUACUCUUCUCUACUCUCCUUUUGAUGUAGUCCUUAACCAGUGGGUCCCAUGCCUGUCAAGCUGCAACAAGACCAUAAUUCUGUUAUAAGAGUUGUCAGUCUAUGUCAUGUUCUGAUUCAUUACAGGUUAUUAUAAUUUAAUAGUUGUUGUAGUGUUUGAAGAUGGAACACAUAGCUGUUUACUUUUAUCUUAUGUUUUAUCUAUAUCGCUUUUGUCAGUCAAUGUCCACAACAGAUUUGUUUGGUUGUGCUGAGUCAUGCUGAUCCGAUAAUGUUUUUGUGAAUUUCUUAACUUUUGCUGAAUCAUCCUAAAUCAGCAAUUUUCGACUAUUUGCUAGCCUGAAAUUUUCUUAGCCUUAAUUCGAAUGGUUCGUGCAAGUACUAGUACUAUUUACUAUUUAUUAAAACAAAAGAAUUACGUAAAUCGGAUCAUAAAUCUCAGAGUAAUCGGCGUACAUACAUAAAAAAUACCGAUCGAAUUGAUAACCUCCUCCUCCUUUUUGAAGUGGGUUAAAAAUCAAAAUUACAAUGUUUCGUCGAACAUGCGUUGGUGACCUAUAUAACAAUAAUAUUUUUUCGGUCUACAUAUGUAGACCGAAAAAUAUGAUAUAAAAAGAACAUCGUCAGAAAGAUAAAUGAUUGUCGAACUUAUUAAACAUUUUUUUUAAUUGAUUAUUUGCUAUUUUUUUUUACAUUAAAUAUUUGGUAUGAGUGGGUGUUGAUUUAUAGAGUCCGCAUAACUAACAUAAACUUAACACUGAAAAUAUCUAUAUUUUAUCUCGCUAUAUUUUUAAUCUUUUCAUUAGUAAUGUGUAAAGCCAUGGAAUAUAAAAGGCAGUAAAAAUUUGUUUUUCACAAUUACAUU